AUGCCUGGUAACGAAAAGCGAUGGCACGCCAACGCCGAGCGCGACCUCUGUCUCGCCAUUAUCCUCGGCAACCAAGAGACUGACCGCGCGCGCCACAACUGGCCCAAGGUUCACGCAAUCAUGAAUGAUCUCAACUACCACUUCACUCAGGAUGCCAUCUCGCAGCACUUCACCAAGACCGUCAUGCGCGACUUCAAAGUCCGCCAUGGCAAAGCCGAGUCCCAGGGCACCCCUGCCUCGACCCCUAAGAAGGCUGCCCCUCAGAAGCGCCGCACGCCUGCGAAGCAAGCCAAGUCCAAGGCCUUUGUCGAUCAGGACGACGAGGGAACUGAGGAAGAUGAGGUUCUCGAGACUCCAACUAAGAAGAUCAAGCUUGACUUGGACACGAAAGCUCUUCUCCCUGUCAAGACUGAGAACGCCAACGCUCUUGGCCGCGAGCGAAGUGCUACGGUUCAGAACAACGGGGAGGAGUUUCAGGCUUGGUUGGCUACGGAUGAUGAGGCUAUGCUUUAA